AUGCUGUCCCCCUCUUUGGUCCCCUCAGCCACCUCACUGCUGGGCUCUCCUGUCCGUCCUCAGGGUCACAUUGUCCACAACUGGAAGGCACGAUGGUUCAUCCUUCGGCAAAACACGUUGCUGUACUACAAGCUUGAGGGGGGUCGGAAGGUGACCCCUCCCAAGGGCCGGAUCCUUCUGGAUGGCUGCACUAUCACCUGCCCCUGCCUGGAGUAUGAAAACCGACCGCUCCUCAUUAAGCUGAAGACUCAAACGUCCACCGAGUACUUCCUGGAGGCCUGUUCCCGAGAAGAGAGGGACGCCUGGGCCUUUGAGAUAACAGGGGCUAUUCAUGCCGGGCAGCCGGGGAAGGUCCAGCAGCUCCACAUCCUGAAAAACUCCUUUAAGCUGCCCCCUCACAUCAGCCUGCAUCGCAUCGUGGACAAGAUGCACGACAGCAGCAGUGGAAUCCGGCCAAGCCCCAACAUGGAGCAGGGAAGCACCUACAAAAAGACCUUCAUAGGCUCCUCCCUGGUGGACUGGCUCAUCUCCAACAGCUUUUCUGCCAACCGUCUGGAGGCCGUGACCCUGGCCUCCAUGCUCAUGGAGGAGAACUUCCUGAGGCCGGUAGGUGUCCGAAGCAUGGGAGCCAUUCGCUCUGGAGACCUGGCCGAGCAGUUCCUGGAUGACUCCACGGCCCUGUACACCUUUGCUGAGAGCUACAAGAAGAAGAUAAGCUCCAAGGAAGACAUUAGUCUCAGCACUGUGGAGUUAAGUGGCACAGUGGUGAAACAAGGCUAUCUGGCCAAGCAGGUACGCCUGCCUCGGAGGGGGGGAGAUGGACAGAGGCCCCCAGAGGGGGGGAAGGACCCAGAGUGCCAGAGGCGGACGCUCGAUACCAGCAGAACCUGCUAAAGCGGCAGCCGCAGAGAGCAGAUCAAGAGGCA